UUUUUAGCUAAAAGGUACAAAAAGCCCAAAAAUCUUCUCUAUUAUAAUUCCCGAGUACUAACGGAACUCUCUUCCUUUCCCUUUCCCUUUUCGUCCAAUGAGGGUUUCAUUUCCUCAUAUACAUUUAGCUCCAUAGAUCUCUCUCCCUUCCAUCAACCUAAUCUCUAACAAGAUCCAAUCUUUAUUUAAUUUUCUCUCAAAAGAUCAAAUUUUGACAUCUGGGUUCGCUCCAUUUCAUCCCCAAUCCAAUCCCAAAUGGAUCCUCAAGGCCACGGAACCCCUCCUCCUCCAAUGAACCCCGCAGCGGUCCAAUACCCCGCAGGCACACCCUACUUACCCUACAACCACCUCUACCAUCAACACCAGCAGCAUCAACAACAGCAGCAAACCCAACAGCUCCAGCUCUUCUGGGCCGACCAGCACCGAGAGAUCGAGCAAACCACCGAUUUCAAGAACCACAACCUCCCCUUGGCCCGAAUCAAGAAGAUCAUGAAGGCCGACGAGGACGUGCGCAUGAUCGCCGCCGAGGCCCCCGUCGUCUUCGCGCGCGCGUGCGAGAUGUUCAUCCUUGAGAUCACCCACCGAGGGUGGGCCCACGCCGAGGAGAACAAGAGGAGGACCCUGCAGAAGAACGACAUCGCGGCGGCGAUCACGAGGACGGAGGUUUUCGACUUCUUGGUCGAUAUCGUGCCGAGGGAGGAGGGGAAGGAUGAGGCUGGGGUCGGGAUUGGUGGGCCCGAUGUCGUCGCCGGAGGUGAUCCGAUGGGGUAUUUUUACGUGCCGCAGUGAAAUUUCCAAUUGUGAGUGGUUUUUGUUGGAUUUUGAUUUCAUCUUUAAUAACUUGUUUUUGUUACCCUCUUGAUGUUUAUGAGUAUGAAAUGUAGUUAAUUUCAUAAUAUGUUUUGUUGAAUGCUUGAUGCUCAUGAGACUUUACUUGGGUUGGAAUAAUUACAAAGUUGAGAAAUAGCAUUAAAUUUUCGAAAGGGAUAGUUUCUCUA